CGUGGGAAAGUUGGCCUGGAACCGGCCCGACCAGUUCCGCCCGGGCGGGCGGACCGGCCGCAGGAAGUUGCUGCAAAACUUUUUUGGGGGGUGCAGCCGGUACCCCCCGCGCGCCGGGACCGGAUGCGCACCGGGUAGCGUCCCCCCGGGCCGACAGGGGUGCUCGGCGGGAGGAGCGCGGAGGGGGCGCCCCGGCCCCGCUGCCCUGGGGCUAUGGCCAUGGUGACCGGCGGCUGGGGCGGCCCCGGCGGCGGCGAUACGAACGGUGUGGACAAGGCGGGCGGCUACCCGCGCGCGGCCGAGGAAGACUCGGCCUCACCCCCCGGCGCCGCCAGCGACGCGGAGCCGGGCGACGAGGAGCGCCCGGGGCUGCAGGUGGACUGCGUGGUGUGCGGGGACAAGUCGAGCGGCAAGCACUACGGCGUCUUCACCUGCGAGGGCUGCAAGAGCUUCUUCAAGCGGAGCAUCCGCCGCAACCUCAGCUACACCUGCCGGUCUAAUCGUGACUGCCAGAUCGACCAGCAUCACCGGAACCAGUGCCAAUACUGCCGCCUCAAGAAGUGCUUCCGGGUGGGCAUGAGGAAGGAGGCGGUCCAGCGUGGCCGCAUCCCGCACUCUCUGCCUGGCGCUGUGGCCGCCUCCUCAGGCAGCCCCCCGGGCUCAGUGUUGGCUGCCGCGGUGGCAGGCGGGGACCUCUUCCCGGGGCAGCCGGUGUCGGAGCUGAUCGCGCAGUUGCUGCGUGCGGAGCCCUACCCCGCAGCGGCGGGGCGCUUUGGCGGAGGCGGCGGCUCAUCGGGCGCCGUGCUGGGAAUCGACAACGUGUGUGAGCUGGCGGCGCGGCUGCUGUUCAGCACCGUGGAGUGGGCGCGCCACGCGCCCUUCUUCCCCGACCUGCCCGUCGCCGACCAGGUGGCGCUGCUGCGCCUGAGCUGGAGCGAGCUGUUCGUGCUGAACGCCGCGCAGGCCGCGCUGCCCCUGCACACGGCGCCGCUGCUGGCCGCCGCUGGUCUGCACGCCGCACCCAUGGCCGCCGAACGCGCCGUGGCCUUCAUGGAUCAGGUGCGCGCCUUCCAGGAGCAGGUGGACAAGCUGGGCCGCCUGCAGGUUGACUCCGCAGAAUAUGGCUGCCUCAAGGCCAUUGCGCUGUUCACACCUGAUGCCUGUGGCCUUUCAGAUCCAGCGCACGUGGAGAGCCUACAGGAGAAGGCACAGGUGGCCCUGACUGAGUACGUGCGGGCCCAGUACCCGUCCCAACCCCAGCGCUUCGGGCGCCUGCUGCUGCGGCUCCCCGCCCUGCGUGCCGUCCCUGCCUCCCUCAUCUCCCAGCUGUUCUUCAUGCGCCUAGUGGGCAAGACGCCCAUUGAGACGCUGAUUCGAGACAUGCUGCUGUCUGGAAGUACCUUCAACUGGCCCUAUGGCUCAGGCCAGUGACUGGACAGGACCCGGGGCACCGUGGCCGGGUCUGCAGACCUCAAGGGAUGUGGCUGCUCGAGCCUCGGGGAUUCCCCAGACAGAGGACUCCAGCCUCUCUCCUCAGACUCCUAUUUUUUAAAGACUGUGAAAUGUUUGUCUUUUCUGUUUUUUAAAUGAUCAUGAAACCAAAAAGUGACUGAUUGUCCAGGCUCUGGCCUGUCCUCCACAGAACCUCCUGGCCAAGAUGGGGGGGACUGAGGUUCUAAUCCCGGGACAGUCUUGUCCCUCGGGGCCUCAGGCGUGAACUCGGGGGAUGGUGGGGUUGGUUCCCUACUGUGAUGGGCAGAGGCCUGGUGUCGACUGGAGGGGCAGCCGGAGCCAGGAAGGAGUUGCGUGCACCAGGUGGCUUCUUCUGGACACGUGAUCCGCGUUGGACACUACAUGGUGAAUGAAUCAAGGCCAAUAAUAAAGGCAUUUCCUACCUGCAA